AGAAGAGACUUGAAAAGUUGAAAACCAACCAUACCAUCACGCCGUUGGUUGAGUUUUGCCUUUGCCGAUGAAUUGAAUUGGACAUAAUAACGUUAAUAAGCAGAAAUAUAGCUGGACAAUGAGUACGCCGUUUGGAACUUUAGCGGCAUCAGCUGCCUCCACUGGGGGCUCAAUGUUUGGCGGCUCCACCUUUGGCACUACUACCACAAAACCCACAACAGGAUUUAGUUCUUUUGGGAAUACAACUGCAACAUCGAUUGGUGGCACAGGAAGUUUGGCCUUUGGUGGUGGUGCUUCAACUUUUGGCAGUACAGCACCAACAUUUGGCAGCACUGCACCAACGUUUGGCAGCACUGCACCAACGUUUGGCAGCACUGCACCUACAUUUGGCAGCACUGCACCAACAUUUGGCAGUACAGGACCAGCGUUUGGUAGUACUGCUCCUAGCUUUGGCAGUACGGCUGCAACCUUCGGGACAGGAGCUCCAGCUUUCGGAAGCACAGCCCCAGCAUUCGGCACAAAUACUUUGACUACAAACACCUUUGGUGGAACAUCAACACUAAGCACUGGAUCAACAUUUGGGACAACUUUUGGACAAAAGCCUGCAACUAGUGGUUUUGGUGGAUUUGGCACAGGACUGACCUCAGCAUUUGGUCAGCAAAAUCAGCAGCCUCAGCAGCAGCAGGGUCCAGGGUCGGCCCAUGAGGCGCUUGUGGCUGCGGUGUUCAAUUGUUCAGUGUUUGGGGACGAGAGGGACCAAGUGCUCGCCAAAUGGAACCUUUUGCAGGCACAGUGGGGCACUGGUCAUGCCUACUACAGUCGUAAUGCGCCACGCCUAGAGCUGAACGAGCAGAAUCCCCUGUGCCGCUUCAAGGCGGUCGGGUACUCCCGGCUCGGCACCCACGAAGACAAGGACGGCCUUGUUGUGAUGAUGUUCAACAAGUCUGUUCAGGAGAUUAACACCAACAAGCAAGUACUUCAGGCUUCGUUGAGCAACUUGUUUGGUAACAAACCGAAUUUGGUAGUUACCAUCGAUUCAGUGGGAGCGGUGACUGAUAAUAAAAGUCAGGUGGUGAUAUACGUGGUGGACAAAAACGCGAACAACGCCCACAUAUCGGCUACGGAGCUGGCCUCGUUUCUGAACGCGGGCGCGGCGCGCACGGCGCUGAACGGCGCCGGGUGUGGCACCAUCACGGCCGUCACGCGGCCCACGCCGCAGGCGCUCGCGCAGUACUUGCAGACUCCUCCCCCCGGAAUGGAUAUGAGACUAUGGAAGCAAGCACAAGCCGACAAUCCUGAUCCUGAUAACUAUAUACCAGUCCCCAUCAUUGGCUUUUCCGAGAUCAAGAGUCGAGCACGUAUCCAGGGCGAGGAGGCGAACCUGCAGGCCGAGUGGCUGAAGCGAACCGCAGACACACUGGCCGAACUACGAACCAGGCGGGCCGCCGCCGCAGCACGGCUCGCCCAGCUGUCCGUCAAACUACACGCCCUCAGGCACACGCUACUACAGGCGAUCGGUCGUAAGGAGGUGAUGGGCCGAGUCGGCGCGGCGCUCAGUCCGGAGGAAGAGGCGGUGAGGGCGCGCCUGCACGAGCUAGCAUCCACUUUGUCCACCCCACCGCUGUAUAACGGCCGGCUGAACGAGUUGCUGAGCGCUGUGCGACUGCAGCGCAGCGCCAUCGGCGGCGGGUCCCAUGAGCGGUAUCAACUAGAUCCAGGUGCACAAGAAGACUUGAAACAAUUCCUGACUCUACAGCAGCGCGGCAUGGCUCACCUCCUAGACACGGCACGGAAGGACUUGGACGCGCUAAACACGAUCGCGGAAGGCAUGUCCCGCCUAGUACGGGCCUAGCGAAUCACCUCAUGGCUAUGACUGCUAAUUUGACCCUUCGCAUUAAGG